AUGUUGUCUUUCAUGCUUUCGGGUCUUGCCAUUGUCUUCGCAUUCAUCGGCAGCUUCUUUUAUACUCCUCUUAUGGACACGACACUUUCGGCUCAUACGACGCCUGCAGCCCCCCGCUUCGUCAUUUACAGCGACCAGUGGGUCUCUGGUGAGACUGGUCCUCCAGCCGUUAGUAAAAUCAAAGGGUAUAACGUCUUUGCUCUCGCGUUCUGGCUUGUCUCCGGCCCAGCUGAUCAAGCUGAGGAGUGGGCAUCGCUUGACAAUGCCACACGAGCAUCUAUCAAGAAAUCAUACCAUGCGGCCAAUAUUUCUCUUAUUGUAUCUGCUUUCGGGUCCACGGAUGCGCCUACUAGUUCGGGAUAUGAUCCUACGACAGUCGCUAACGAUCUUGCGGCAUUCGUGUUGAAAUAUAAUCUUGACGGUGUCGAUGUCGACUACGAAGAUUUCAAUGCCAUGAAUGCUCAGAAUGGAUCAGCGGAAAAAUGGCUGACGACUUUCACCAAAGCUCUUCGUGCAAAGCUUCCGAAAGGUCAAUACAUAUUAAGCCACGCACCUGUUGCUCCGUGGUUCUCCUCGACAUACUCAAGUGGGGCUUAUUUGAAGGUCAACAAGAAUGUUGGAUCGUUAAUUGAUUGGUACAACGUUCAGGCAAGUAUUCCUCGAUAUAUGUUCUAUAAUCAGGGCAAGACUGAAUACACAACGUGUACUGGCCUCCUUACGAAAUCGUCUUCGACGUGGUCGAAUACUUCGGUCUUCCAGAUUGCAGCAGCAGGAGUAUCUUUAGACAAGCUGGUGAUCGGCAAGCCAGCCACCAAGUCAGAUGCGAGCAAUGGCUAUAUGAAUACCACCCUACUCGCCCAAUGUGUGGAGAAAGCUUACAAGAAAGGAUGGGAUGCUGGUGUAAUGGUGUGGGAGUUUCCCGAUGCCGCAGCGGCCUGGAUUAAAGCCGUGCGCUCGCUUGCAUUCCCGGAAUAA